AUAUAUAUAAAACGAAACUUACUUCCCUCACUAAAGCAAACUUCUUUCAAAGUACCGGCAUCCAACGGAAUCCAUCUUUCAUUCAUCAUACCUUGGAAAAUAUUGACAGCCAACCCUACCCAAAUCCUUAAUUCCUAGUCCUAAUUCAACCUAACACUCCAAAUCAACUUACAUAUACACACUGCACACCGCAUCGGACGACAACAUACGAGAGAACCCACAUACAUACCUAAGUACUUGCAUCACAACAUCUCAAGCAAUGGGGAAAUCCGAGAUUCGAGAUUGGUGGCGUACCCAGCCCACGGCACAUCCCUCCCGUCUUCAGCCCACCGUGCCUAUCUGCCCAUGCGCGGCGUGUUUCAACGGUACCGGCCACGACCAAGAAGUAUCCGCGAAUCCAAAAGACCCCGGAGAGAUUCUACCGCCUAGAAAAAGCAAGGCCACCUCUUCAUCUGUCGAGAAGCCGAAGCCACAAUGGAACGAGAAGGAGGACAACAUCAAGGCAACCCUUGUCGAGAAGACAUGGUACAAGCAAGCCAGCGGCCUAGCCCGAAAACCAAGCAGUGCAAGUAUGGCUUCGGAUCUAGCUCCGUUAUGCUCGGCGUCAUCACAGCGAACGAGUGUCUCGAGUGCAGCUUAGGAGUCUAAUUGGGCACCAUGCCAAAAGAUCGUCAGGGCUAAGGCGACGCCUUAUGCAUCCUUGCAACGACAAUUUUCUAAUUGAACGACACCAUAGACGG